CAUGCGGAAAGCGCGACGUGACGUCACGUAGUUUAUUUUUAAAAUUAGAGAAUUACAAAUCAGCAUAAAAACCACCUGCAUUCGACUUCAAAGUCUCGAUUCAAGAGAACAGUCUUCCUUCCCCAUAUAACGAACGACCAAGGCACCUUUCACUCACAGACUGCUCAUCGAUUUGCAAUGCAAGCGGGAAACAGUUAUUUCAAUGACAACACUCCAUCAAUCGUCAUUCGAAGCCUCUUCGACAAGUACGACAAAGACGGAACCGGACGACUGAACUGCAGCGAGUUAGACGAUCUUUUACAGAAGGAUUUGGGAUUUGCAAAAGAAGAAGCAAAGGCUUACUCCAUGCUGCUGGACAAAGAUGGAGAUCAAAGCAUUUCCUUCGAAGAAUUUCUUCAAUGGCUUCGUAGCGGAGAGCGUUUUGAGGCCGUCAACAAUAAAGCCAGGUUCAAGAAUCUCUGUAAAGCUGUGGAAUUGUUUAAAACUUAUGACAAAGACAAUAAUAACAACUUAAGCAAAGAUGAGUUCAAAGAGCUGCUUGACUCGCUGGGAUAUAAAGGAGUCGACGUGGAGAGGUUUUUCGAAUACCUUGAUGAACACAAGAAUGGGAAGAUUUCGUUCUGGGAAUUUAUGAAAUGGCUAAACUGGGUCCCCGUAGAAUAAUCACAAUUGAAUUUGUAAACAAUUAACUUCAAUAACUACUACAUCUCAAUGAACAAACACUCAACAGUUAAGUCCAUCAAAUGCCCUUCUGUUUAGGGAGAACUUUCGAGAACUUCAAUGUGGUUUUACACAUCUGCCCAUUAAUUUCGGAAGUCGUUACCUUUUCUACGUAACAAGUUAAUAUUUGACUCCCUAGUUAAACACACAGUGAAGGUUUUUAAAGCGUUUUUUAUUUAAUUCUUAAACCGGUAAACUUAACAUAGCAGCUGACCCACACUUUUGUAAUCUCUUAAUAGUGCACUUGUUUACUUCAUCUUUUUUCUGAACUACUACUAACAAGAGGAAGAAUAUUCUUCAUGACUUCAACCGAAGCGGUGCAGCGCUGUAUAUAGAGUUAAUUUGAAGUCAUUGACAUCAUUGCGGAUGACUUUUCAACAGAGAGAACUUAGAAUCAA